CAGCAAUUACAGCAGGAUGAAGCUGAGCGGAAUGAUAGAGAGGCUCAAAAUGCUCUCCAACUGCAACAGCAGGAAGCCCAACAGGAAGCCCAGCGGAUACAUCAACGGGAUGAGGAAGCCCUUCACCAGCAAGAGCAUCAAAUAGCCCACGAGGAGGAUGUUCAGAGAGCAGGUCAACAGGCAGAAGAAGACCAACAUCGUCAUGAGCGGCAACGCAAUGCAGAGGAUCAAAAUAUCAACCAGGUGUUCGCUCAACGCAUUCCUAUCCCUGACGGAGGCCGACCAUACACAGAGCCUGAUGAACCUCAUUCUCUUGGUUCUCUUGAUGCAGAGUGUCCCAACUGCCACGCAUUGCACUUUCCAGCUGAAAGACUAACCGCCUCCCCCCCGACACGCCCACACUUUGGUAUGUGCUGCUUGCAGGGCCAAGUCAGCCUUCCAACCUUUCCAGCAUGGCCACCUGAGCUGCAGCAGGCAUACACAGACCGAGCAUUUGUUGAUAAUAUUCGCAAGUACAACAGUGCUCUUACAUUCACGUUGGUGGGUGUGGAUCUUGAGCAUCGAGCUCUCCAAACCUCUGGCCCAAAUGCUUUUCGCAUCCACGGA